AUGAAUGAACACGAAAUUAAGGAACUGGAGGAAAUUAGAAACACCAUUGUGAGAAAGAAUGAAAAAGGGGAACAUUAUUCCACAUCUGUGAUUAACACCGUUUUAUUAUUUGGCCAUUUUGUUCUGUAUGCCUGUAUCGUCGUUGUGCACUUUUCAUAUCGGCAUGAUGAUUUUACGAGUUGCUUCCAUCAGUCCUUUUCCGCGGUCGUUAAAAAUGUGUAUGCCAGUGUUGGUGACAUAGGGGUCAUUCAGAGGGAUCUCUCUGGCAUGACACGAGUGUGCAACUAUGGCCGAAUUCAUUUUUUAAGAUAUGAGUUGGAGGAGGGGGGCUCCAACUACGUCUUGUCUUUUUAUAACUCGAGUUCCAGUACAUAUGUAGACUACUCAGUUGCGUUCCACAAGUUGUUCCAUUCGACGAUCUUCAAAUGUGAAUCGAGCAUAAGCAUUGGCCACGCCUACCACUGGUACGAGUGGCUCGUGUUCCUGCUCCUUAACAUGAGCGCGCUGGGAGUGGCGUAUCGGAAGUGCAUCUCUGGGGGAAAAAAUAUGAACAUCCUGCACCUCUGCCUAGUUGUCCUCAUCGACCUGAGCAUCCUCUAUGAGCAAUUUAUAGACACGGUUGAGAAUUACUCUGUGCACGAAAAAGGAGUCGAUCUGAUAAUUUGCUUCUACUAUCUGUUCCUCAUUAUAAAUGUCCUGAAAGAAUUGUCAAAUCACUGGAAGGUGCUUUUUAUUCCGGUGGAAAUAAUUCGAACAACUGUUACGCACAACUACAUGCUGCUCCUCUUUCUCCUGAACUUCCUCCUGUUGAUACUCAUUAAUUAUUUUUCGAGCGGGGAGAAGCUCAAGGCCUACUUCAGCUCCGUCUUUACCUUCCAUGAUGACUCCAAAUACAAGAACGAAUUUCUAUACAACUUUUUUGUUGUUAUAAUUUACACCUUUUUUUUUGUGCCCAUGAUUACUGUUGCUUCCACCGCGACUACCUUUUUGCUGAUAAACAAGUAUGAGGACCUUUUCGAGUUUAAACCUCGAAAGAGCCAUCUAUGGGCCAAACUAAGGGAGUACUUUUUUUUCCUCAAGGAGAAAAAUCAAACAGAAACACCUGAACGAAGAAAAGAAAUGACCUACGAAGAAUACGAAGAGAAGAAAAUUAAAAUAGACAUCCUCAAGAUUGGCAGCAUCCUUUUUUUUUUCCUUUUUUUUAUAUUUUUUGUGCUGAAAAUAUUUUUUGAUCAGAAUACCAUGACCCACCUUGACGCUCAUUAUUCGCACCAGUUGGGAGCGCCCUUUGUCACGAAGGAGGGAGGGGAAAAAUCGUUCGACACGCUGACGCACACGUCCGAGUACCUGCAGUUCCUCAGCGCCGUCGUGAUAAAUAACAUAAUGAGAAAUAAUAAAAACCUGGACAAUAAAAAUCUGUUUAAACUGGAAGCGGCCUUCGAGGGACAGAACAUCUUUGUGUACGAAGACGUCUUCCACAUUUUCCCCUAUGACGUGUUGGUGAAGAUCAGCGAUGGGAAGGCAGUGUCGGACGAAAUAGCCGUGGAGAAUCCCCUGCUUUCAGACGAGCCCGCCACAGACGCGCACGAACUGCGCGAGUACGAAGACACGCUUGACAACAGAAAGGAAGCCAUAAAACACUACGACGCGUAUGCCCUACUGUACAACUUUGAGCACAGCCUGUUCAUUCUAUUAAAUGCGUCCUUCAACGUCCAGAGCAACGGCCUGUUCAGACAAACCAAAGACGUCUUCAUACAGGAGAUGACCGAAUUUAAAAACCCGCAGUACAGAACUAAAUUGAUCAUUUUAAUAUUCCUGUUAAUCGUAACAGUGGGUUAUUUGCUGCUAGUAAUGUACAUGUUGUACUACGUGCGGAAUCGAUUUUUCCUGGUGUUCUUUAGCUUCUUUUUUAUCAUUUGUUUGUGUUUCUUUUCAUUUAAUUUUAUGACACUGAAGUCUGUGAGUCAUUCAUAUGACUACGUUGAGAAUAUAAAGAACAGGAACAUUGCAGAAACAUUUAAUUUGAACAAGCUUGGGAAAUUCAAGUCACUGCUGGACGAUUUGUUACGGAUAAAAGUGUCCAAAUUUUACGGGAAUUUGUUUUGUCAUAUUAUUCUUGUUACAAUAGUGUUGAAGAUUUAUUGCUUCUUCUUUGUUAAUUAUUUUGUUUCAUUUACCAAGUACAAGUUUCACUUCCUCUUGGUGACGGCUUCGGUGUUCAUCUUCGUCUGUUUGAUGUCCCUCUUGAGCUCCUACACCUACCUGAACGCGAACCUAGGCCUCCAAAAAUGGACAAUGCUGUUUUAUCACGUGCAGACAAGCGAAAAGUACUUCGCCUAUGAGCUGCUAAGUACUUUCAUUUUCUUUUUCUUCCUCUUCUACAUCACAUCAAUAUACUUGUAUAUUUAUUUAAAAAAAAAUGAAAACCCAGUAACAGUUAAGCUCAAGGAAGAUGAAGACAAUUCACUUCCCUUUGACGAUGUAGUGCUUGAUGAUCUAGUCCUUGACGACCAUGACAUUUUGCUCCACUUCAAGGCCAUCCUGUAUACCAUAGACAAGACAUUCGAAAAGGUGAGGAUACUAUGGGAGAGGCAUCAGGUAGGGCAAUUAUUAAACCAGCAAAUCCAGUGGUAUAAUCAGUACUGCUAUGAAAAGGCUUUGCAGGAAAAUUUACUAAAUUGGUAUGUCUCUAAUGGAUGUGUGCGUCAAGAGGGGGGUCAGUUGGUUCAGCCGCCUCAACCUAGUGGUUUGUUUGACGGUGGUGUAGCAGGCCAAGUGGGGAGUGUUGCCGUUGUGAACAGGGAGGUGGGGAAUGAUCAGGGUGGGGUUCCCCUUUCCGGUUUCAUCGAACCAACCAAUCAGGGUGGUGGCCCCGAAACGAACUCCCACGAGAUGAAUACACAGCGGUUACAAGGUGAGCAAGGAGGAGAUCAGUCAAGUCUUCACGAUGAGGAGGAAGUCGACGCGGUGGCUGCCACUUCACAAAGGUACAACGAGUUCGAAAUGGUUCAGAAAACGACGAACAUGAACUUAUUUUUCACCAAACUCCUGAAUGGGAAGUAUGACUUUAGUUUUUUGCAUGAACAAAGGGGGGAGAAUGCCCCAGGUGGCGCGAAUGCGGUGGGUGGAAACCGUCACAAUGGCCAGGGCAAAAAGAGGCUGUUGGACUUCCUCAGAAAAGGGGUUUACGACAAGACGGCAGUUGGGAGAAGGGAUAAAAAAAAGGAACAGAACAGAACAAAACUGAAAUACAUGCUAACCAAUUUGGUUGAAGAUUUAGCUAAUAUAGAAAAAAUAAAAAUGGCAUUUACGUAUGCACUGUUUUUGAAGAUAAAGCGACACAUCCUGAUGAGGAACAUACGGCAAGUGAACAGAGUCACGGGCGAACUGAAGGCCGAGUAUGAAAACAGAGUCCUCUACAAAAAGCACCUCAUCAAUUUGCAGCAGAAGAUGGCCAACGAGAUCGAUGAGAUGGAACGAGACAUACUAAUACGGAACAAGCUGAAGGGCACCCUCAUCCAUGUCAUAGAGGAAGGAACGUUCUACCUGAAGGAUGAGAAGGACAUCAAGGACCCCGCCGAGUCGACACCACAACCUGCCCCAGGCGCAUUGGAUGAAGAGAUUCUCCCAGAGAAGCAACAAAAAAUGAUGUGA